UUUUGACAGCUGUAAUUUUUAAUCCCUUAUUGAAACAAUAGCGCAAAGCUAAAUUCUGCGCUUAAAAUUAUUUAUUGAAACCGAGGAGCAUUGAUUUAAGUAAGCAAAAUGAGUAUUUUGAGAAAACUCGGGAGUAAACACAUUGAGCAAGCAAAACAGUGGGUAGGAACGUCUGCUGGUUUUGGUCUAGCUGGUGCAUAUGCCCUUUGCUACUUCACUGAUUGGAAAUUAGUUUUACAAUACUUGCCCUACUACAAUGGCAAAUAUAAGGAUCAAUAAAUGUUUAAAGCUGUAGAAAAACUUGAGUAAUAAAUUUCGAUAUAUAGUAUCU